GGAGGGAAGAGAAAUAAAAGAAGAUAAUGAAAUAAAAUAAAACUAAUUUCACCGUGUACCACUUCAUUCCAUUGCAUUUCAUUCCAUAAAUCCAAACAAAACCUUAGGAAAAAGUUGAAGAGAAAAUAAAAGCAAGUAUAAAAUAUUUGGAACCACUUUCCCGCUAAAAGCAGAGAUAAUCGCGAUUCUGGAAUCUUCUGCUACAUUACUCCGCUCCCAUCGCAAUGUCGAAGAAAAGAGGUCUUUCGUUGGAAGAGAAGCGAGAAAAGAUGCUUCAAAUUUUUUACGAAUCGCAAGACUUUUUCCUGCUUAAGGAGCUUGAGAAGAUGGGUCCCAAGAAGGGUGUUAUCACUCAGUCUGUAAAAGAUGUUGUCCAAAGCUUGGUGGAUGAUGACCUUGUUUCCAAAGAUAAGAUAGGAACUUCGGUAUACUUCUGGAGUCUUCCUAGCUGUGCUGGAAACCAGCUUAGGAAUGUGCAUCAAAAACUUGAUACUGAUCUGCAAAGCAGUGGGAAGCGGCAUGCCGAACUUGUUGAGCAAUGUGAGGCAUUAAAGAAGGGGCGAGAGGAAUCUGAUGAACGAGAAGCGGCCCUGGCAGAUUUAAAAGCCAUUGAGCUGAAGCAUAAUGAAUUGAAGAAUGAGUUGGCAAAAUAUAGAGAUAAUGAUCCCGCUGCCUUUGAAGCAAUGAAGGAAGCAAUUGAAGUUGCUCAUACAUCAGCUAACAGAUGGACAGACAAUAUUUUUACUCUGAAGCAAUGGUGUUCAAACAACUUCCCUCAGGCUAAGGAACAACUUGAAAACAUGUACAAGGAGUUUGGUAUAACAGAUGAUUUUGACUAUUUGGAGUUGGCACCUAUUCCAUCCAAACCAGUAGCUGAUUAAAUAUUACUUGAUCUGUCUGAAGGCCCAAUCCCCCAGUUGCCUUGCUUCUCUCAAGCCCGAACUACUAAAUUUUAACCCAAGUAUUGCCAAUGACGUCCUCCUUUACAGAAAAAUUACUUGUAUUUUUCUCUCUUGUUGUCUUAAUCGUGAUUAGGCUUUGAGAAUGUGUAUAUAUUAAGAUUAUCUCUGUGUACCUCUUUAUUUGCUCACUAUUUUGACUAAGGUAGGUAUUACUAGCUGUGCAGCAUAAUCUGUAGCCAGACAAAUAUGCUAAUCUAUAGUGAAUUAUUACCUAAUUAAUUGGUAGAAUCUUUUAUACAUCA